CUCAUCAUCAUCCUGACCACAAUUCCCGAAUUUCUCUUCCGGCCGUCAAAGGGCAAUCCGUUACGCUACGCCGUUCUCCAGGCUCGUCGCCGCUGCUUGGGAUCGUGUGGGCACCAAUCCCCUCUCUUUCAAUUACCAGUGGGUGGCCACGAACAUAUCUCGGCUCUUGACGUGCUUUGAUGUGUUCAUGUCCUUGUUUCCCCAGACUCAUGGAUGGUAUAUAUUCCCUGUUCAUCUCCUAAUUGUUUCUAUCAAUAUAUUGUCCAUCACUCCACCUUGCUCUUUCAUUUCUUUGAUCGAUCCUUGGGGGUUUCUUCCGAGAGUAAACCACCGGCAUCGUCAUCAUGUUCCUCUCCACCCUUCUCACACCUUAUGCUCUCCUCCUCCUCCCUGUUCUGUACUAUUUACUUCCAUAUCUACGAAACUGGAGUCUUCGCAAAAUCCCCGGUCCUUUGCUUCCUGCAUUGACCAAUUUAUGGCUUCUGUAUCAAGCUCGUCGUGGUCGCAGAUAUCUCGAGGUUGAUGCUCUUCAUAAGAAAUAUGGCAAGGUGGUCAGGAUACAGCCUAACCAUGUCUCAAUCGCCGAUAUGGAUGCCAUUCAAAUCAUUUAUGGGCAUGGAAAUGGCUUUUUGAAGAGCGAAUACUACGACGCCUUCGUCUCCAUCCGCCGUGGUCUUUUCAACACGCGCGAUCGCGCCGAACACACACGGAAACGCAAAGUCGUCUCCCACACAUUCAGUGCCAAAUCCAUCGGCCAAUUCGAACAAUACAUCCACGCGAAUCUCGAACUCUUCGCCCGCAAAUGGACCGACAUGUCCAAGAACCGCAAAAACCCGUCCACGGGCUACGCCUCAAUCGAUUCUCUCCACUGGUUCAACUACCUCGCCUUCGACAUCAUCGGCGACCUCGCCUUCGGCACUCCCUUUGGCAUGCUUGAACACGAACGUGAUUUCGCCGAAAUCCGCAAAUCACCCGACGCACCUCCCACGACCGCUUCCGCCAUUGAAGUUCUUAACCGCCGUGGCGAAGUUUCCGGUACAUUAGGCUGUCUCCCCGCAUUGAAGCCGUAUGCGAAAUACCUCCCCGACCCGUUCUUCAGCCAGGGAGCCGAAGCCGUUGAGAACCUCGCUGGUAUUGCCAUUGCACGCGUGAAACAACGACUUGAAAACCCUAAUCCCGACCGCGUCGAUCUCCUCGCUCGUCUCAUGGAAGGAAAAGACGCUCAGGGUCAGAAACUCGGACGAGAAGAACUCACCGCCGAAGCACUCACUCAACUCAUCGCCGGAUCCGACACCACAUCCAAUACCGCAUGCGCUUUGUUGUACUACGUGCUCCGCACACCGGGUGUAUUGGAAAACCUCCAAAAGGAACUCGACGCCGCAUUCCCACCCGGUGUUCCAUCUUACGAACAAGUUCGCGACUUGCCGUAUGUUCAAUGGGUCAUCAAUGAAACCAUGCGCAUCCAUUCGACUUCCUCACUCGGUCUCCCUCGUCUAACGCCCGGUGCGACGCCUGAAAACCCACAUCCCAAGCCAGUGGAGAUUCUAGGCUAUAGCUUCCCUCCCGGAACGGCGUUGUCGGUGCCGAGUUAUACGAUUCAUCACAGCAAGGAAAUUUGGGGCUCCGAUGCAGAUGACUUUGUGCCGGAACGGUGGAGUGAGAAGAGAUUGACCAGUCGGCAGAAAGAUGCGUUUAUUCCGUUUAGUUAUGGACCGAGGGCUUGUGUGGGCAGGAAUGUCGCCGAGAUGGAAUUGAAGUGUAUUGUGGGAACUGUGUUUAGGAAUUUUGAAUUCAGGGAUGAACAUGAGGGCCCACUCGAGACGAGAGAGGGGUUUUUGAGGAAGCCGUUGGCGUAUAAUGUUGGGAUUAGGGUGAGGGCAACUUAAGAGGUGGUGGUGGUCAUGAUCAUGAGCGAUGAUGAGUGUGCUUGUGGUUGGAACAGGUGGGAUAUAUCGAUGACUAUGGGUGGAUAUAUACAUGUUUGGAUGGUAUAUAUUCGCAGAUAUGAUGCGAUGCUACUUUAUGUAUGUUGAUUGCUAGAUAGGGUUGAGGCGAUUGAAUCUCCCCAGUUUUAUAGGACGAUGAACGAUUUGCCUGCUCUUUUCA